AUGCCUAUUUUGCCAGUUGCCUCUUCAGGAAUAGCCGCACUAUUGCUACCUAACGGUAGAACCGCGCAUUCACGCUUCAAUAUCCCUUUAAAGCUCAGUGAAGAUAAGCUCUGCAACAUCAAACAUGGAACAAUGGUGGCUGAUCUAAUCGAAAAAACAGAUCUUAUAAUUUGGGACGAAGCACCUAUGACGCAUAAGCAUGCUUUUGAGGAAGAAAAGGAGUUCUCCGAUUGGCUUCUGCAGGUCGGGGAAGGUCAUCCACACCUAGAAUCGGGGUAUGAGUGUGACAACCACCAUGAACAGAUGAUAUCAGUUGAUAAAUUGCUGAUUCGUGUGAGUGGUGAUGAUUCACUAAAAGAAGUUGUGGAUGCUGCAUAUGGAGACAUCAGCAAGAUGACUAAUCCGCAGACAUCCUACACUGAUAAGGCUAUACUCACACCCCGUAAUGAAACCGUCGAUGAAAUCAACGCCUAUACCAUCUCGCAAACCGACGGGGAUUACCCUCGCACAAGCUCACUCUGA